GGAAACGUUUAAACAACAAGUGCAUGUUGUGGGGAGUACAGCAGGUUCCUGUGUCUUGGGUGAAGAAACAAGAACCUUUCUCUAGAUCCUGGAUAUGUUUGGAAAUAUCUCUUAAACAUUUACUCUUAGAUUAAUGGAGAGAAACAUUAUGAAGACUUGAAAAAAAUAACCACCCCAUCAUUCCCAUCAUUAGGAAUUCAACCCCCGAACCAUUUGCUCUCUACUGCCCUCUGAUGGUCUAAGUCAGUGCAUGUACACUCCACAUCUGUCUGGCCUGCCCAAUCAAAUGCCUGAAUUUACCCUGAAAUGUCACCCUCCCACCUUUUAUGAAAAAAGAGUAUAGCUCAGGACAAGGCAGAGAGACACAUGAUACCAUUAAAAUCUCCUUGAUUAGGGACUUAAAAAGACUGCAAACACCUUCCCCUGCAACAAAGAAUUUUCCUUCAGUCAAGGUUACCUCUUAUGUCAGAGGACCUGUCAUAUGUGUUUGUCUGCAGUCCCACUGCUUUCCAGGGCUGAGCAACAGUAGCUGUUGGUAGAGCCCUGUAGCUCUAGGAGUUGGUGGAAGGUCUCCUGUCCCCUCACCAGCCCCGGCUCUCCCCUGACAUUCCCAGCCAGGAUGAAUGACAUCCAGGACCCAGCGUCCCCGGCCGCUGCCCUCAGCGGGGUCCCUGCUGCCUGCGUGUCCAAAGUGGAGCUGCGGGUCUCCUGCAAGGCCCUGCUCGACCGGGACACCCUGAACAAGUCCGACCCCUGCGUCAUCCUCAUGGUCCAGUCUCAGGGACAGUGGACGGAGCUGGACCGGACGGAGGUGAUCAAGAGCAACUUGCACCCGGUUUUUGCCAAGGUCUUCACCCUGGACUAUUACUUCGAGGAAGUGCAGAAGCUGCGCUUCGAGGUCUACGACAUCCACGGGACCCACAGCAUCGGCACGCGCGAUGACGACUUCCUCGGCGGCGUGGAGUGCACGCUCGGUCAGAUUGUGGCCCAGAAGAAGAUGGUAAAGCCUCUUUUCUUGAAAUAUGGGAAGUAUGCAGGGAAGUCCACCAUCACGGUUCACGCCGAGGAAAUAUCGGGCAACAACGGGUACGUGGAGCUCUCCUUCUGUGCAAAGAAGCUGGACGAUAAGGACCUCUUCAGCAAGUCAGACCCCUUUUUGGAGAUCUAUCGGAUCAACGACGAUGGGUCUGAGCAGCUGGUCCACAGAACCGAGGUGGUGAAGAACAACCUGAACCCCGUGUGGGAGCCCUUUAAGGUGUCGCUGAGCUCUCUGUGCAGCUGUGACGAGGACAGGAAGCUGAAGUGCCUGGUCUGGGAUUAUGAUUCCAGGGGUAAACACGACUUCAUCGGCGAGUUUUACGCCACCUUCAGGGAAAUGCAAAAAAUCGGAGGGGGAAACAAGGUCUCGUGGGAUUGCGUGAAUCCCAAGUACAAGCUCAAGAAGAGGAACUACAAAAACUCUGGCGUGGUCAUUCUCAGCGAUCUCAAGCUUCACAGAGUGUACUCCUUCCUGGACUACAUCAUGGGAGGAUGCCAGAUUCACUUUACAGUGGCCAUCGACUUCACUGCAUCUAACGGGGACCCUCGGAACAGCUGCUCCCUGCACUACAUCAACCCCUACCAGCCGAACGAGUAUCUGAAGGCCUUGAUAGCAGUAGGGGAGAUCUGCCAGGAUUAUGACAGUGACAAAAGAUUCUCUGCUCUUGGCUUUGGGGCAAGAAUUCCUCCAAAUUAUGAGGUCUCUCAUGACUUCGCCAUCAAUUUCAACCCAGAUGACGACGAAUGUGAAGAAAUCCAGGGCGUCGUGGAAGCGUACCAGAACUGCCUCCCCAAGAUCCAGCUGUACGGUCCCACCAACGUUGCCCCCAUCAUCAGCCGAUUGGCCAAAGUGGCGGCUGGGGAGGAGACCAUCAAAGAUGCCUCACGAUAUCACAUCCUGCUGAUCCUGACGGAUGGGGUGGUGACGGACAUGGCGGACACGCGUGAGGCCAUCGUGCGCGCCUCCUACCAGCCCCUGUCCAUCAUCAUCGUGGGCGUCGGCAACGCGGACUUCACCGACAUGCAAAUCCUGGACGGGGACGACGGGGUGCUGCGCUCGCCCAAGGGGGAGCCUGUGCUGAGGGACAUCGUGCAGUUCGUGCCCUUCAGGGACUUCAAAACGGCCUCUCCCGCAGCCCUGGCCAAAUGCGUCCUCGCGGAGGUGCCCAAGCAGGUGGUGGAGUACUACAGCCACAAGGCCAUCUCCCCCAAAUGCCCCGUCAUGGAUUCGCCCAACUCCACCACCGCCAACACCCCCGAAUAGCAGAGGUAUUGAGGA